CAGUGAGGGUGAUGACGAUGCGGGCGAUGAUGGGGCUCAUCUCCCGUCUGACUGAAACAAAAAUAAUCAUGUUGUUGUGUCUUCAGGCCAUUGAGUCACCAAAGUCACAUUCAGCUUUAAUGAGCUGAAGAGGAACAAAUGAAAUGAUAAUAACAAUAAUGUGGUGACAUUUUGUGAACCUUUUGGUGUUUUUGGUGAUUUAGAUUCAGUGUCAGCACCAAAAACUGCAAGAAAGUUGCAGUAACGCAUUUUUGUCCACUUGGGGGCAGUGGAAACAACUUUUUAAACGCAACAUGGACAUAUAAUCACGUUUUAAGUUUAUAAAGCGAAUGAAUUUUACACAUUCAGCAGUUACUAAGCCACAUUUUGGAGUUGUGUUUCCAUCCGCCUGGCACGUUUAAGUUCAGUUUUCACCCUCAUCUCCUCUUUGCUUUUCACCAGGAAGCCGCUAACAUCAUGUGUCUGCUGCAUUCUGCUGUACGCUGCUGCCAAAAUGCUGUGAGAGUGAAGUCGUGUGCUGCAAAGCUAAACGAUGUGUAAAUAAGUAAAUCAAAAAUGUGAAUAAGUAAGCCCACUGUGAUGCUCCAAGGGCAGCUGCAGAUUCAAGUCAUAAUCUCUGCAGGGAUGAAUGAGCUGACUGGAGGUUUAAACUGACCGCACAGCCCGUUCAUGUCAGUUUAGCCAUUUGGAAGCCGCCAGUCAUCUGCUGCUCGGAGAUUUGGUCUGAUGUCGCUGCACGGGUUUACCUGACUGCCUGGCUGACCAUCAGUCUGCCUGCAUGACUUCAUACUGACUUAGUGCACCCAAAACGGAGAGUGAAGAGGAUUUCUGCUGUCAUGUGGAGACUCUCUGCGUACUGUUGUGUUUAAAACUCAAAAGACUCUGCUGAUAUUAGCAUGACAUCAGUAUUUACUACAAGCACAUGUUAGCUGUUAACCUUCAUUUGUAGCUUGUCCGCAUUGAGUUUCCCGUUAACACUGGGCAUGUGUGAGCUACGUUUUUAUGGAAACGUACGUUUCAUGUGUCCUGUCAGAUUAAUUGUUCUUUUGAAAGUAUGGCAAUCCAACCAAACUUCAUGAAACACUCUGUGAACCGCACGUCUCCAAGCCAAACAGACAUCUGUGUUAGCUGGAGGAUGUUUGGGCGGUCUGUCAAUAUUUUAGCUCAGAUGUGAAAUUUCAGGCCACAGCGACAUGACAGUCUGUGAAAGAGUAAUGAGUGAGUCAUUUUGUGUCCACAUGUUCUUUCUUCUGGGUUUCAGUCCAGGUUUGACAGACCUGUUCAGAGCCUUUUCCACGCUGACAAGAAAACUGAAUUCUUACAACAUCUGUGUGUAUAAAAAAACAAGGUGAUGCCACAUUUACACAUGAAAAUGAACACAUGCGGCAAAAAACAAAGCUUCAUACAUCAUUCUGAGACUAAAGCUGAGGCUGCCUCUUUUAACGACUUAAAUGUAUGUGUGAUUAGUCCUCCUCCUCCUCCUUUUUUCCCUCUCACUCUGCUCUUUCUUCCUUUCAUCCUCUCUGAAAGCCGGGGGGGAAUUGAUGGAGACGUGUCGGGGGUCCAGAACCACAGGUGUUUGGGAGGUAGCCGGUAAUGAAUGGCUUCCAGCAGAAUGUUAAUCAUGAUUAACGAGUGAGAACAGCCAGGAGGCGGCGGCGCCUGACAAUAGAGCGAAUCGACCAGGCGUGGCAAACGCCGGCCUCGGCACAAAGUCCACGCAGAGACGCUUGGCGGGGGAGUUUGGCCGGCCAAGGACGGACAUGUUGACACCCUCCUGCAUUUCAGGAAUCAUGGACUGCCGCUUUAUGGGGUGCGUAAAUCUGUUUUCCAUCUGAGGUGGCAAUAUGGCAGCGUCAUUAUUUGCCCUCAUGGGAUGAAAGGAAGAAUGUGAUAUGACUGAGGCCGCACUGUAAAGUCUGAAGACUGUCUGCCCGUCAGGUUCGGCUGAAUCAGUAGGCCCUGACUCAAAAUGCUGCGUUAUAAUACUGGCUUAAGUGUUUCUACAGCAAAAUUGUCCUCAUGUUAUAGCCCACGGGCUGCUAUAGCAGCUGUUCUUAUUGAAGCUGUGCUCAAACCAGCCCUUUUAGUAACAAAAACAUAGUGGAAAAAGGCAGAUUGUUUUGUCUCGGCUCUGCAAAAGAAAUAAUCCCGCUGUACUCUCUGCAAAGCUGUUUACAUGGCGGUGGAUCCUCUUCAACAGAAAUGAGCUUCAAAGCUGCAAAGAAGGAAACAAACACCAACAGAAAAACAGUAGCACGACCUCCGAAAGAGUCACAGUCUGCGUUUCAAGAUGACUUAUUUAAAUUAUGAACCCGCCAAUAGAACUGAUGAUGACUAAUUUUGUUUCUUGUUUCACUGAUAUCAUGAGCACUUUAACGAAGUCUAAUCCGACUCCUUCAUGUCCUAUGUGUACAACAGUACACUAAAAAUCAAAUUUCUGUGCAAGUCUGUCACAUUGUAUAGUGAUUGUUAUUGGUCAGUCACUAAUAUUUGUUUUUCACAUUUUAUACAAGGCUGCUACUUAGUGAUUGAUUUCAUAAUGGAUUGAUGUGCCGAUCAAUCCACAAAAUGUUUGUGGAAUAUGAGAAGACAUGUGAAACCUCAAGAUGAUUAAAUUCACUGCAAUUUAAAGGUCCAGUGCACACGACUUAGCGACAUCUAGUGAUGUGGCUGCAGACUGCAACCCUCCUCUGAAGAGGGACAGAACACAAAAUGCCCUCCUUAAGCUGGUGUUCAGUUUGUCCAUUCCAGGCUACCGUAGAAACAUGGCAGUGCAACAUGGACUCUGUGGAAGAGGACCUGCUCCCUCUGAAGACACAAAAGGCUCAUUCUAAGGGUCCCGAACAAAAAUGUGUGGGUUCAGCAGUGACAGCACCGAGAAGUGAUGUUUUUAAACAUCAAAGACGUUAUGCAGACCUGGUCAGGAUCAGCUUCAAGAGACGAGGACGACGUGCCGAGUCGGUGGAGACCAAAGCGGAGUCAAAGGUCUCCCGCCCUCAUCAGGUGAAGCUCUGUGAGCCCCUCCCCUCCCUCCUCUCCCACAGACGUCACCCACUAUCCCGAAAUCCCACCUGGCCUCACCUGCCAAACCCCAUCCGACAGCUGCCACUGGCCCUCCCUUUACCCCAUGGUGGCCCCAAGGCCCGCCCUCUCACUGCUAUUGGCUAUCCUGGCCUGCACGGGGCCCGCACGCCCCUCGCCCCCCCUGCUGCUCCGGCCCCGGGAGAGAGAGAGGGACUCGGGUGGCGUCAACAUCGCCGUGGUCCACUCGGGCUCCUCCCUACUCCCGGAGACGGCGGUGGUGGGAGGCGCGGGGGUCGGUGAGCCGGGUCCAGGGCUGGGUAACGGUCCAGGAGGAGGAGGGGGAGGAGGAGGAGGAGGAAAGGGACUAACGGAUACAGCUUUGUUGGAAGGAGCAGCUGCAAUGGCUUCGUUUUCCUCCUCCUCCUCCUCGUCAUCCCUGUCGCUGGCUGCGCUCGUAGGGGAGACGGUGAUGACGCCUUCGGGUCAGGCCAACGUUAUCUACCUGGCUGUGAAUGAGAGCAGCCCAGGUAGCCUGCUGCUGCAGCUGUGUGAGCUGCUGGCCACCACACCACUGCAGUAUAACACUUGUGGAUGGGAGCAGAUCUGAGCCUCAACACUGAGAGCUGCUUGUGAUCAUGCUGAGAGAGGGCUUGGUGUUCGAGGAGGAGAGACCGCCGCCGCCGAAUCGCGCCCCUCUGGCCCCGAUGCUCGAGUUCGUCUCCGCCCAGACGGGGGUUCCCGUGGUUGCCGUGGGGGGAGGGGCCAGCCUGGGACGAGAGCCACAGGAAAGCGGCUCCAUCUACCUCCAGUUCACCUGCUCCACCUCACUCCAGCUCGAGGUGAUCUUCGAGGUGCUCGAAGAGUACGACUGGACCGCCUUCUCGGUGGUGACCACCCGUCACCACGGCUACGAAGACUUCUUGGCCAUGGUGGAGGGAAUGACGGACGGUUCGUUCAUCGGCUGGGAAAAGAAGAGCGUGGUGAUCCUUAACGUGACAGAUGACCCCGGCGGGGCUCGAACCAAACGCCUACUCAAAGACAACGAAGCGCAGGUCCGUCUGUUGUACUGCUCCCUGGAGGAGGCUGAGCUGAUUUUCCGGGCAGCCUGGGCAGCGGGUCAGGCUGGGCCCAGCCACAUGUGGUUCGCCGUGGGACCGGCCCUGUCCGGCCUGGGCCUGGAGGGGCUGCCCAAGGUCAUGUUCGCCAUCCGGCCACAGGGCUGGAGGGACGAGCCACGAAGGCGCAUUGCCAAAGGCGUCUCUGUGCUCACCCACGGGGCGAUGGCUCUGCGGAGGGACCAGGGGGCCGCCAGCCGGUCGCAGUACGCCGGCAACUGCCAGAGUGAUGGGAACCAGACCCACAGAGUGCCAGACAGAAUCAGGUAUUUCACCAACAUAUCCAUUGGUGGGCGGGACUAUUCCUUCAACAGUGACGGCUACUUGUCCAAACCGCUGAUUGAUGUCAUCUCCUACACCAAUGGGAGAGGCUGGGAGGAGGUUGGCUGGUGGGAGAACGGCCAUCUGCGUCUGCGUUACCAUCCCUGGUCUCGUUACGGCUCCUUCUUGAAGCCGCUGGAUGACGCCCAGCACCUCCGAGUGGUUACUCUGGAAGAAAGGCCCUUUGUCAUCGUGGAACCAGCUGACCCGGGCACCAGCUCCUGCAUUCGGGACUCUGUACCCUGCCGAAUGCCCAUCAACACCAGUUUGGUGGUGGAGGGCACCGGGCCCAUGAAGCACUGCUGCAAAGGCUUCUGCAUCGACGUGCUCAAGCGACUGGCAAAGAUUGUGGGUUUCACCUACGACCUUUACCUGGUGACCAAUGGGAGGCACGGGAAGAACAUUGAUGGGGAAUGGAACGGCAUGGUUGGAGAGGUGGUGUCCAACAGGGCUGACAUGGCCAUCGGUUCGCUCACUAUUAACGAGGAGAGGUCGGAGGUCGUCGAGUUCUCCGUCCCUUUCGUGGAGACUGGCAUCAGCGUCAUGGUUUCCCGCAGCAAUGGCACCGUGUCGCCUUCUGCGUUCCUUGAGCCCUACAGCCCGGCGGUGUGGGUGAUGAUGUUUGUGAUGUGCCUGUCAGUGGUGGCUGUCACCGUCUUCAUCUUUGAGUUCUUCAGCCCCGUGGGAUACAACCGCAGCCUGCAGAGCGCCAAGAAGUCCGGCGGAUCCAAGUUCACCAUCGGGAAGUCCGUCUGGCUGUUGUGGGCUCUGGUCUUCAACAACUCUGUGCCUGUGGAGAAUCCGAGAGGAACCACCAGCAAGAUCAUGGUGCUGGUGUGGGCCUUCUUCGCUGUCAUCUUCCUGGCCUCCUACACUGCCAACCUGGCUGCCUUCAUGAUCCAGGAGGAGUACAUCGACACGGUGUCAGGGCUGUCGGACAAGAAGUUCCAGCAGCCGACGGAGCAGUACCCGCCGCUGCGCUUCGGCACGGUGCCCAACGGCAGCACGGAGGAGAACAUCCGCUCCAACUACCCCAACAUGCACCAGUACAUGAUCCGCAACAACCAGAAGGGUGUGGAGGAGGCCAUCGACAACCUCAAGACUGGGAAACUGGAUGCCUUCAUUUACGACGCAGCGGUGCUGAACUAUAUGGCCAGAAAGGACGAGGGCUGCAAGGUCAUGACCAUCGGCUCCGGGAAGGUGUUCGCCACUACGGGCUACGGCAUCGCCCUGCACAAGAACUCCCGCUGGAAACGACCACUGGACCUGGCUCUGCUGCAGCUGGUCGGAGACGAUGAGAUUGACAUGUUGGAGCGUCUCUGGCUGUCGGGCAUCUGCCACAAUGAUAAGAUCGAGGUGAUGAGCAGUAAGCUGGACAUAGACAACAUGGCCGGGGUCUUCUAUAUGCUGUUGGUGGCCAUGGGCCUCAGCCUCCUGGUGUUUGCCUGGGAGCAUCUGGUGUACUGGAAGCUACGACACUGCGUGAAGAGGUCUGGUGGGAUGGACUUCCUCCUGGCGCUCAGCAGGGGGAUGUACAGUUGCUGCCAGUUUGAGGAUGAGACAGCACCUGGAGGAAGCAAAAGCUCUUUGCCCCAAUACCACUCCAUGGCCACCAUGCCUACAGCACCCCAGCAACACCUCGUUACAGCAACAAUAAAUAACACGACUGCCAUUGCCAUGGUGCAGCAGCAACAGCAGCCGAAGCACCACCAACAACAGCAACAGGGACAGACCUACACCACCAUGCUACCUGGAUCACCGCCAACUACAGGACACUCAGCAAUGGCUCUGGGACCCUCUAACAGUCCCCUGCUGGAAGGCCCGAUGCCCUGCUCCACCUUUUUGCCACGGCAUGACCGCAGACUUGCUGUAGUUGAUCGCUGGAACAGGCCAAAGCCUGACAAAGUCGUGAGCGGUGGUAGUAGUGGAGGAGUGGGUGUUGGGGGGAUAGCAGGAGGGAUCAGUGAACUCCAGGCCCAGCAGCAGUACCAACAGAACCUUGGACAGCACUGGAACCUGCAAGGAGGUGUUGCAGGUGGAGGAGGUGACACAGGAUUAGAUGAAUAUAAACGCUACUAUGGUCCUAUAGAUCCAGAGGGCCUAGGAGCUAACUCAGAUCAACAGGCAGGGGGUCUCCAACAGACUCCCAAAGCUAAUCCUCGAGGCCCUAAAGCCUCGGGCAUGCCACGUCUGCCUCCUAAAGGACCCCAACAAGGCCCAGGACACUUAAUCUCUAAGCCACCCCCACCACUCCCAUCUUUCCCACGAAGGCCACCUUUCUGGCGACGAGGAAGCCUAGUUCAGGCAAGGAGAAAAGGCUCAGGAGGUCCGCUGUAUGAGAAUAUACUCCCUCUGGGGAGGCGAGGAGGUGGAAGGUAUGGAGCAAGUGAUGGAGCUGGAAGGAGAGGGAGACGCCCUCCUCCACCUCCUCCUCUACCUGUCCCCCUUUCCUCCCCAACACACACCCCUACCACUCCCUCCUCCCCAUGCCGUUUCUACACCUCCUGCUCCAGUGCCUCAUCCUCUUCCUCUUCCUCUACAUCAUCCUCAUCCUCCUCUUCAUCCUCUGUCUCGCUGUCUAGGUCAAAUUCCCCCUCCUCUUGCUCCAGUGACAGCUCCUACAACUCCUCGCUGAGUUUCCGGUAUCGAGCAGGCGACCGGGAUUUCAUGGUGGACGACGAUUAUGACUCAGAUCUGCUUACAGAGGAGUCCAGCCUUCUCCUGGGCUCGCGAAGGAAAAUUCGUUCACGGCGAAUGUCAUCACGCUCAUUGCCCUGUAGCCCGCCACCUCCUCCAAUCCCACCCCGAAAGCCACGUCCUCAGAGAGAUUAUGGCAGGGAGAGAACAGGCAGCCAGUUGGCCCAAUUACAGGAGUGGUGGGCAUCGUGGGGUGACAGAGAACGAGGAAGGGGAGAAACAACAAGCAGAGGAGAUGGAGGAGUGGGUAGAGAGGAAAAGAGGCACAACAAAGAGAGGGAGCGUGAGAGGAAGAGGAGGAAGAAGGGUCGAAAAAAGAAGAAGAGGGAAGAGAGGGAGAGAGAAAGGGAGAGAAAGCGCCGUAAAACCAAGAAGAAGAGGAAGAAAGAGGAUAAGAUAAGAAAGAGAGAGCGGAAGAGGUCAGAGCAGGAGGGAGGAGACACUGAAAAAAGAGAGGAACUCAAGUCAGGGACACCAGACUACCCAUCAUACCCACCCCUGAGACGAGAGUCUUUUCGGAAAAAGAGUGAAAGCUCAAUCCGAAGCUAUGGAUGGAACAUCCCGGGUGAAGAUGAGAGGAAGGAAAGAGAAGAGAAAGAAAGGGAUGAUGGUGAAGACAGCAGGGGGAAAGAAAGACACCACAGGAGAAAGAACAGCAAGCAUUAUCAGAGCUCUAGCAGUAAGCCUUCUUCUUCUGUCAAAUUCUGGGGAGGGGGCAACCCGUCCUCUGACACCAUUCCAUCUGCCUUUCUGCCCUUGUUGCCUGUCUCCUCCAAAAGGAGGAAGAGUAAAAGUUCGGACAGGGAUGCUGUCGGAAUGGAAGGAGAGAGGAGGCCAUUGCUGGGACGGAACGGAAGAGGCGAGAUGCAAUCCAAGGAGGGCUUGUCCUUCCAUGAGUGGGAGUCCGAAGUAGAGCGUGAGGAAGAUUCAGAACUUGAGAGGAGGAAAGCAGAGCGUGGAAAGAGACGUGGAGGAGGAAGGACAGUGUCUGAUGAGGAGCGCGAAUGUGAUAAAGCAGUUGGGCUAUAUUCUGAUGAUGAUGGCUCGUCGGGAGAGUUUGGGAAAUUUGAGAGGUACUGGGAGGAUCACGAGGGUAGGGCAGUAGGAGGAAUUGGAGGGGGAGGUUGGUUUUUCAGUACUUACCCCUCCAGGGAGAAAACCGGUAGUAUCAACAGCAGAGAUGACCUGUUUCUGGAGCGAGGUGAGAGGUGGGGGACAGCAGAGAGUGGAUGGGGAUCUAGUGGAGGUGGCGGUGGUGGGGGAAGAGGAGACAGAGGCGAGAGAGGUUGGGGAUCAGGGUCACACUGGCCUCCGCCUCCUCUCACACCACCACCUCCUCGACGAUACUGGUCAGUGGACAAACUCCACAUACAGGAUGAGAAGAAGAGUAAACGCAAGUCAAAGGACAAGGGAAGGGGGCACACAGCUUGUUCCUCCUGUCAUUCCCCUCGACACCAUCCUCACUCCCAUUCCUCCAAAUGGGCCCGCAUAACCUCACGAAGCCAAGAAGAGCUGUACCAACACUGCCAGAGUUUCGGUGGUCCCCUCAAGCCCAAACAUGACUCCUCAUCUUCCUCCAAACCUGAUCGCUCACAAAAUCCAUCCAAAUCUGGCAGCCAGUCAAACCUCAGUAUCCAGCAGCGGACACAGAGAAUAGACAGGGAUCGAGAUCGGGGACGGCAAUCGUCCCCACCUCCGACCCUCAUACCUAAUUUGCCACCCCCGCUCCCUGCCCUUCCAGCUCCCCCGUCCUCAUCUCACCCCAUCCAUGUUCCUCCCCCGACCUCUUCUUCUUCUGUAUCCUCUCCCUCUUUGGUCUCAUCCACCCCGGGGGCACCACAGCCCUCUUCCAUGGCUUCGGCAAGUGCUAAACUACAGUACCAGAGAUUGCGUUCUGUACCUCAGCCCCAGAGGUUUCCUCAGUCUCCUCACUUACCCCUCAAAGCCAAGAGCCUUUGCUCGCGAAGGGGCUCAGCCCAUUUCUCCAGUGUGGAGAGUGAGGUCUGAAGUUCAUCGAGGUAUCAAAAGUCAUAAGAGAGCCCUGCAAGGCUGACCCUAAGCAAGUGAUCUGGAUCUGAAUCUGCCUGGCAGAAAACAUGGCUGCACCACCACGUCACGCACUGAGCCCUUUCCUAAAGUUCUGCACAAACAAACUAACCAGAAAGCCAAACAAACCCGAUGGGGUAAGUCAAAAG